AUGCCAGUGAAAGAAGGACAGAUUGGUACCCAGAAAGUGUCCGUGCUCAGAGACAGCGGCUGCAGUGGUGUUGUGGUGCGACAGAGCCUUGUUACCGAUGAUCAGUUGACAGGUGAGCAACGAGCAUGUGUUCUGAUAGAUGGGACAAUCAGAAAGUCACCCGUGGCUAAGAUCUCUAUUGACACCCCAUUCUACCGUGGUCAAGUUGAGGCAAUUUGUAUGAAGAAUCCUGUGUAUGAUGUUAUUUUGGGUAAUGUCCUAGGAGUUCGGGAUCCCAGAGAUCCAGACGAAAACUGGUCUCCUGAGAAAACCACUGGUCCUGACCUUACAUUAGCUGUCCAAACCAGAGCUCAGAAGGCUGCUGAUGAGAAACCUCCUAAGUCAUUGAAGGUGCCAAGCUGUAUUUCUGAUGUUGUCACUGCAGAAGAUCUUCAAGCUGCACAAGAGUCAGAUCCCACACUGCAACGAUGUAGGGAAUUAGCCAAGGAAAGUGAGUUGAGAACGGGUAAAAAUGGCCACACAUCCCACUUUGUAAAGCGCAAGGGUAUAUUGUACCGGCAGUUUCAGUCACCAGCUGUUGACAAUAACAACAUAUUUUUCCAGGUAGUUGUACCCUCAAAAUACAGGUCUCAAGUCAUGAAACUGGCACACGAGUCUCUAUUUGGAGGACAUCUUGGAUCACAGAAAACUUGCGACAGAGUAACAACCAAUUUCUUCUGGCCAGGUAUCCAUUCAUCCAUUCGUCGCUUCGUCAAGUCUUGUGACAUCUGCCAGCGCACCUAUCCAAAGGGAAAGGUCAAGAAACUACCACUUGGAAGUCAUCCUCUGAUAGACACACCAUUUCAGCGUGUGGCUGUAGAUAUCGUUGGACCAAUCCAUCCAGCUACGGACAAGGGUAAUAGGUUCGUAUUGACAGUUGUUGAUUAUGCUACCCGAUACCCAGAAGCAGUUCCCCUCCGUAACAUCGAGACUCCGACAGUGGCUGAAGCAUUAGUUAACAUCUUUUCUAGGGUUGGAGUACCUAAGGAAAUCCUUAGUGAUCAGGGUUCACAAUUCAUGUCUGGUCUGAUGCGAGAAGUCAGUCGCUUGUUGUCAGUGAAACAGCUUACCACUACACCAUACCAUCCCGCCUGUAAUGGCCUUGUGGAACGGUUUAAUGGUACGCUCAAACAGAUGCUUAGGAAGAUGAGCACCGAGAGACCGAAGGACUGGGAUAGAUAUGUUGGAGCUUUGCUUUUUGCAUACCGUGAAGCACCUCAAGCAAGUUUGGGCUUCUCCCCGUUUGAACUCCUCUAUGGGAGGACGAUAAGAGGACCGAUGUCUAUCUUACGGGACCUAUGGACGGGUGAGACUAAAGAGGAAGAUACCAGAACUACUUACCAGUACGUGAUAGACCUGAAGAACCGGUUGAGAGAAACUUGUGAGUUGGCACAACAAAGUCUGAACAAGGCCCAGAUUCGACAGAAGAAGUACUACGACAAGCGCAGUCGAGACAGACAAUUCAAUGUAGGUGAUGAAGUGUUGUUACUCCUUCCAACUGAUAGUAAUAAACUCCUCCUACAGUGGAAGGGACCAUUCCCUGUUGUAGCAAAACAAGGCAAUCUAGAUUACCAAAUUGACAUGAAUGGUACUGUCAAAACUUUUCAUGCAAAUCUGCUUAAGUUGUAUGUUCGCAGGGUAGAAGCCGCCAGCAAUGAGCCAGUGGAGUACGCAUGUGUGUCAGUCAUCGUCGAUGGAGAGUGUGAUGAAGAAGGUGACAACGAAUCUUUACUGCAUUCACCAGUCUUGGAGGCAACAGAGUCAGUAGAUGAUGUUCUGAUCGACCAUGAACUUACCAAACAACAGAGACAAGAGGUAAGAAUAGUUCUUAGUGAGUACCCCAAUGUCCUUACUGAUCUUCCUGGGAGGACUACAGUCGGAGAGCAUGAUAUCAAGUUGACAUCUAAUGAUCCAAUUAGGUUCAAACCAUACCCACUACCGUUUGCAAUGAGAGACACCGUCGAUGAGGAAGUAGCACAAAUGCAGAAGCUAGAGGUCAUCGAGCCAUCACAAUCCCCAUAUGCAUCCCCGAUUGUUCUGGUAGACAAGAAAGAUGGAACCAAAAGAUUUUGCAUAGAUUUUCGAGGUUUGAAUCGCAUAACAGUAUUUGAUGCCGAGCCACUUCCAACCCCAGAUGAAAUAUUUGUUUCACUUUCACAUGAUCGCUAUUUCAGUAAGUUCGACUUAACCAAGGGAUACUGGCAAAUCCCGAUGAGAAAAGAACCCAGACUAGCCACAGCGUUCCUUACACCGAAUGGGUUGUUUCAGUUUUGCACCAUGCCGUUUGGGUUAGUAAACGCCCCAGCUACGUUUAGUCGGAUAAUGAGAAGGGUUCUGAAAGGUCUGAAGCAUACAGAUAACUUUAUUGAUGACAUCUUAAUUCACACAGCAAGCUGGGAUGAUCAUGUUGUAGCACUUCGAGUACUCUUAGAACGUCUGCAAUCAGCGCAGUUGACAGCAAAACCAAGUAAGUGUGUCAUAGGGGCGCAGAAGUUGGAAUUUUUGGGACACGUUGUUGGACAGGGACAUCUCCAACCACAACCAGACAAGAUGAAGCACAUCCAAGAGGCCAAACGACCAGAGACCAAGAAGCAACUUAGAUCCUUUUUGGGCUUAGCCGGUUAUUACCGGAGGUUUAUCCCAAAUUUUGGUGCAUUGGCUGUACCUCUGACAGAUUUGACAAGGGCGAAAGAACCAAACCGCAUCACGUGGGGAGAGAGUCAGGAGAUGGCAUUCAACACACUCAAGACAAAGUUGUCUACAGAUCCAAUCCUUCAUCUGCCAGAUUGCUCCAAGCCGUUUAUCAUCCGCACUGAUGCAUCCAACACAGGCGUGGGAGCAGUUUUGCUGCAAGAACGAGACGAUACAGGUCAAACAUUUCCUGUGGCGUAUGCCAGCAGAAAACUUCUACCAAGGGAGAGAUCUUAUGCGGUAAUUGAGAAAGAGUGUCUAGCUGUCGUAUGGGGAAUCCAGAAAUUUGAACCGUACCUGUAUGGUCGUCAGUUUGUUCUCCAAACCGAUCACCAGUCUUUGGCGUAUUUGCAUCGAAACAAGUUGGCGAACGCGAGGAUAAUGCGUUGGGCAUUAGCUUUACAGCCCUACAGGUUCAGAGUAGAAUAUAUCAAAGGGUCCCAAAAUGUUGGUGCUGACUACCUGAGCAGAAGUGAAGUUGAAGGUGAGUGA